AUAGAUUGGCGAUGGACCUCGGAGGUGUCCCAGAUAUUGGGCUGAUGAUGAAAUUCAAUUUGACCACAUUGUUGUAAAAUACAUGCAGAGUGAAAGCUGUCCCUAUUACACACGCCGAGAAUUCAACGUAACUAAUUGCAAAAUUAACGACACAAUAAAAGUUACACAAUUGCAAUACAACGGUUGGCCUACCGUAGAAGGGGAAGUGCCGGAAGUUUGUCGCGGUAUAAUAGAACUAGUUGACCAGGCGUUGAGCUAUCAUAGCAAAGAAAAGAAUGUGGGCUGUAAAUCACCACUUACAGUUCACUGCAGUUUGGGGACAGAUCGAAGCUCUAUAUUUGUAGCUAUGUGCAUUUUAGUACAGCAGCUGCGUACUGAAAAGUGUGUUGAUAUAUGUACAACUGCUAGAAAAAUAAGAUCUCAAAGGCCAAGGCUAAUUGACACAUAUGCACAAUACGAGUUCCUAUAUCGCGCUAUAGUCAACUACGCAGAUCUACAUAAAUUAUCUACAGAGUAAAUAUCAUC